AUGGAAAAAAAUGAUGAAAACAUUGAAGAAAUCCUAAACAAAUAUGGAGUUAAAGAUAAAUUUUUAAAUAGUUUCGAUGCCAUGCUUACAGAAUAUGACUUUAAAUCUAAAAUAAAUACACAUCUUAAAAAUAAAUUAAAACACAAGAAACUUGAAGAUGUAUCUGAAUCUGAGACUUAUGAUAUUAUUAUGGAUUUUAUGACUAAAAAUUUACCUGAAGAAGUGCAGGAGAAAUUGUACUAUGAAAUUAGAAAAUUUAUUGAUGACAAUUUAGAAUUUUAA